CUUUCGUUGUCAGCCUGAGCUAGAGCACCAACAAUGGCGAAGCCUAAUAUCCUCCUCCUUGUGGCCAUAGUAGCCAUCCAUCUCACUGCCACCGCUGCCACCCUGUCCAGGACCGCUGCCCCAACAGCCACGCCGACGGCGUACGAAAUGCUAGGGCGGUAUGGCUUCCCACCCGGCAUCCUCCCGAAGGGAGUGCGUGACUACGAGCUCCGACCGGACGGCUCCUUUGAGGUACACUUCCCUGAUGAAUGCAGAUUUCGUGUUGACGGCAAGUACGAUAUCCACUACAACAGUCGGGUUGCCGGGAACAUCCAUAAUGAAACAAUCAACGGCAUCGAAGGAAUUAAGGUGAAGGUCUUUAUUGCGUGGAUAAACAUACGGGAGGUCGGCCGCGAUGGCGAUGAGCUCAGUCUGCAUGCCGGGGCAAUAUCCAAGUCAUUCCCGGUCGAUGUUUUCUCCUCUAGCCCUAAGUGUAACUGAGGCUCGACUACAAGAUCGACACAAUGCCUCUUCAAUCAUGUCAUGUCCCUUGACGUUUUCUUCAAUCACGUCGCUUGAUGUUUUCUUCUUUCUUCGUAGAACUGAUUAUGCACGUUGAUGCUUGAUUUGCAAUCCCGUGCCAUCUAACCAAUUCAUGUACUCCCAUUGUAGUAUGGGCUAAGACUGAAUGAUAUA